CUAACAAUGGCCCAUCAGCAAUCUAAAGGAAGAGGAAUCGCCAUUUGGCAUUGUUCAGUGUUCUCUAGAUGACGUGUUUGAGUUUGAAUGGGAUUGAAUCUGUAAUUGGGUGCUACAGGAAGGGUAGAAAUUGUUCACCACCAAAAGGGUUCUUUUUGGAUGAGAGGUUGAGUGGACUCACUGGAUAGUUUGGUUUGAUUGUUGCAGGAAGUGUAGAGAUUAUUCACCAUCAAAAGGUUGUCUUUGGAUGAGAUUCUGGGUGGAUUCACUGGUUUGUAUGAUUUUGUUGUUACAAGAAGGGUAGAAAUUAUUUACCACCAAAAGUGUUCUUCUUGAAUGAGAUUCUGAGUGCAUUCACUGGAUAGUAUAAUUUGAUUGUUGCAAGAAGGGUAGGGUUCUGAUCACAGUGUGUGUGUGUGUAGGAGCGCCAUGAAUUUGAUAUUCUUCUCUGCAAGAGCAACUUAUAGAUAUUUCAGCUCUAAGGCAACUAGAAAGGGCGCCACCUGUUAUCCUCCGACAUCCAAGAUCAAGGAGAAGGGUUUUGAUAUUUUGUAUUCUAAGCCUAAGAGGGGUGGAAUAAAAUGGAACCAAGAACAAUUACAAGUUCUGGAUGCCAUAUCUAAGGGUAAGUCGGUUUUCGUGACUGGAUCAGCUGGAACAGGCAAAACCCUAUUGGUCCAGCAUAUCAUCAAAUUGCUUCGCAAGGUUCACGGGCGAUCAGGGGUUUACGUGACUGCCUCUACGGGUAUUGCAGCUUGCGCGCUGAAUGGGUGCACCCUUCAUUCUUUUGCUGGCAUAGGGCUUGGCGAAGCCUCAGCUGAAGAAUUGCUACACAAGGUAAACUCCAACAGAACCGCACUUCACCGAUGGAAGGAGGCCAAGGUGCUGAUUAUUGAUGAAAUUAGCCUUAUAAGUGGAGAAGUGUUUGAUAAGCUUGAGUUCAUAGCACGCAAGAUACGAAGCGAACCUGGGUCUCAUGGGGAGAUGAUUUGGGGUGGUAUUCAACUAGUUGGGAGUGGAGAUUUCCAUCAGUUACCCCCUAUCUUUGACAACAACACAAAUAAAUUUGCUUUUGAAGCUUCUAGCUGGAAUAUGGUUUUUGACAUGCAGAUUGAUCUCACUGCUGUUUUUAGGCAAUCGGAUCCUCGUCUUAUAAAACUUCUUCGGGGAAUAAGGACAGGGACAUAUGAUUCAGAGGACCUGAAGCUUUUGGAAAGUCGUUGCUCAGAUUUGGAGGCCGAUCCUUUAGCUGUAAAGCUCUUUCCAAGGACAGAUGAUGUGGACAGAGUAAACAGAAUGCACCUAGAAAGCCUUCACAAGGACCUUAUAGGUUAUAGAGCUUUUGACAGUGGCAUAUGGAAAGAAGGCUUAAGGACUGGAAUCGCACCUGAUUAUGUUGAACUGUGUGUAGGCGCAAGGGUUAUGUUGACUAAGAACUUAGACAGUCGGGGUAAACUUGUGAACGGCGCUGCAGGUACUGUUGUGAGUUUUGAGUUCGUUAAUGGUAUAGAUAAAACACUUGGCACUAACUGGUUACCUGUCGUGAAAUUUGACUUCGGGUCUGAUGAACUUAUAAUUGGUCCUGAAACAUGGGAGCUGACGGAUGGAAGGGAGAAGGUUGCCACAAGAAAACAGAUCCCACUCAUACUGGCAUGGGCUCUUAGUGUCCAUAAAAGUCAGGGCAUGACAAUAAACAGCCUUUCUACAAAUCUCAACAGAUCUUUUGGGUACGGGAUGGUAUAUGUGGCACUUUCGCGUGUGAAAACCUUGGAAGGCCUUCAUUUGUCCAGUUUUGAUCCUGGAAAGAUCAUGGUACACCCUAAAGUUUUGAAAUUCUACGGCAGUUUGGGUAAUCAGCAGGAUCAAAACAUAUGUGUCCAAAAAUGAUCUGUGAAGAAUCUUCACUCAGAUCAUAAUGACAAAUUCUUUUGCAACAUGUUUUUGACAAUAUGUGGUAGUCUCCGCUAGGAAGGAACAAGUUUGAUGAUGACUCUCCUUUUCAUUGAGUUGGCUGUUUACAGUCUCUUAAGUUA